UUUUUACAGUCAACGGAGCAGACUGAGAAUGAACGUUUUGUAAUUGAAAGUAUAACUGUUAAAACCACGUCGAAAUAACAGUCAAGAUGGACAAAAAGUCCUUUGAAACGGUGCUGGAUGAAAUUAGAAAGGCUGUUUUGACAGAGUACAAAUUAAAAGCAAUUGAGUAUGUGCAUGGAUACUUCUCUAGUGAACAGGUGGUUGAUUUACUGAGAUAUUUUUCCUGGGCAGAGCCUCAGUUGAAAGCGAUGAAAGCAUUACAACAUAAAAUGGUAGCUGUUCAUCCAGCAGAAGUGGUCAAUAUACUCAACUGCUUCACCUUCAGUAAAGACAAAUUAGUUGCUCUUGAACUGUUAGCUUCAAACAUUGUUGAUGCACAGAAUUCUCGUCCCAUUGAAGAUUUAUUCAGGAUAAACAUGUCUGAGAAGAAACGGUGUAAGAGAGUUCUUGAACAGGCUUUCAAGGGAGGCUGCAAAGCUCCUCAUGCUAUGAUAUCUUCUUGUGGAACGAUUCCAGGAAAUCCAUAUCCCAAAGGAAGACCUAGUCGCAUAAAUGGAAUUUUCCCAGGAACCCCUUUGAAAAAAGAUGGUGAAGAAUGUUCCAAUGAAGGCAAAGGAAUAGCAGCACGGAUUCUUGGACCAUCCAAACCACCUCCUUCAACGUACAAUCCACAUAAACCUGUUCCUUAUCCAAUACCUCCAUGCCGGCCACAUGCAACUAUUGCACCAAGUGCUUAUAACAAUGCAGGUCUGGUACCAUUAGCCAGUGUCAUAGCUCCAGGUGUCCCUCCUCCACCGCCAUACACUCCUAAUCCAGUGGGAACAGAAAAUGAAGACCUUUCCAAUCAGUCAAAACCUACACAGAAUCAGACAUUUUCUACCCCAGCAAAUCAGCUUUUUUCUCCUCAUGGUUCUAAUCCUUCAACACCUGCUGUGACUCCUGCCCCUACUGCAUCCCCGGUCAAGGCAGUAAAUUAUCCAUCAGCAUCAGCAAUCGCCACCACUCUGGGGAUGAACAUGCACAACAGUGUCCUUCCAGUGUUCCCAGGGCAGGUCUCCUCAGCCACUCAUACACCACAGCCAUCAGCACCAAAUCCAACAGUCAUCAGAACCCUUUCCCUAUCGGUCGCACCUAUUACAUCUGUCCAUAGCACAACAUCCACCCCUGUUCCUUCUGUUUUUUCUGGCCUUGUUCCACUACCAGGCUCUUCUGCUACUCUUACCCCAGCCCCUCAGGCUUCGUCUACCCCUCGGGCCACUCCUGCUUCCAAUGAAAUGUUUAAUUCCACUUCUACCCCUUUCACCAGCCUCCCCUUUUCUGCCACCUCUACUGCUGCUUCUACCAACAACCCAAAUUCGGCUUCAUUGUCAUCAGUUUUUGCAGGUCUCCCCUUAACAGCAGUGUCCCAAGUUGUAUCCACCCCAGCUCCUUCUGUAAUUGCUGGUGGUUCUGCUUCCUGUGUUGCUAGUCCACUAGGUGUAAAUAAUCCUCUUCUGUCUGCUUUAAAAGGCUUCCUAACAUCAAAUGAUACGAGUUUAAUCAACUCUUCUGCUUUAUCCUCUGCUGUUACAAGUGGGCUGGCUUCAUUAUCAUCUGUUAGUAAUCAGAACUCGGGUGCUCCUGCUUCAGCCUCUAACAAGUACUAUGUGGCUUCAGGCAUCCCCGCCCCACAGAGGUCUUCCACUCCAGGACUGGCCCUGUUCCCAGGCCUUCCAUCACCUGUGGCUAACUCCACAUCCACUGCCCCUACUUUGCCUGUACAGUCAUCUUUAGCUACUCUUGCCUCAUCUUCCGCUUCCGUGUCAGUUAGCUGUGGCUCCUCUGCUUCCCUUUUGCACGGCCCCCACUCAGGUAACUCUGACCUGCAUAUUUCGUCUACCCCUGCUGUAACGACUCUUCCUGUUAUGAUCAAAACUGAGCCCAGAAGUCCUACUCCCUCAGCCUUCAAAGGUCCUUCUCAUUCCCUUAAUCCCUCUCAUGGCACUUUAGGUUUGUCAGGGACCUUAGGCCGAGCAUAUACGUCAACAUCAGUGCCCAUCAGUCUAUCUACUUGCCUUAACCCUGCAUUGUCAGGUCUUUCUAGUCUGAGUACUUCCUUAAAUGGUUCAAAUCCCCUUUCUUCUAUUUCCCUUCCACCACAUGGCUCCUCCACUCCUAUUGCUCCAGUAUUCACUGCUCUUCCUCCUUUUACUUCUUUGACCAAUAAUUUUACUUUAAGUGGCAACCCAUCUCUUAGCCCAGCAGUAUCUCUUCCAGGGUCAUUGAUAGCCACUUCCUCUACCACGGUCACAUCCACAUCUCUCUCUCAUCCUAAUUCUACAGCAGUGGUUCUCUCAGGGCUUUCUGCCUCAGCACCAGUCUCAGCAGCACCUUUCCCCCUCAACUUGUCGACUGCUGUUCCUUCACUUUUUUCAGUUACUCAAGGACCUCUGCCAUCCUCAAAUCCAUCAUACCCUGGCUUUUCUGUCUCUAAUGCCUCCAGUGUUGCCCCUGCUCUCCCUUCCUUCCCGGGGCUGCAGGCGCCCUCCACGGUGGCUGCUGUCACACCACUGCCUGUCGCUGCUACAGCCCCAUCACCUGGUCCAGUCCUUCCAGGAUUUGCAUCAGCAUUUAGUUCCAACUUCAACUCAGCUCUGGUUGCACAAGCUGGUUUAUCAUCUGGACUUCAAGCUGCAGGCAGCUCUGUUUUUCCAGGCCUUUUAUCCCUCCCAGGUAUCCCAGGGUUUUCCCAGAAUCCGUCACAGUCUACUUUGCAAGAAUUACAGCAUAAUGCAGCUGCACAGUCAGCAUUGUUACAGCAGGUCCAUUCAGCUUCGACUCUGGAUAGCUACCCAGCUCAACCUGAUGGGUUUCCUAGUUACCCUUCAACACCAGGAACACCAUUUUCUUUGCAACCAAGCCUCUCCCAAAGUGGGUGGCAGUGAAUAUGUUUAAUUUUUAUUCUCCUGUGGAGCAACAUCAGAAUUGCCUGAGGACUGCAGUGAACAAUCUGACAAACGUUAAGUUGAAGUUGGGAAAAAGUGAGAAUAAGGAUCGUUGUGAUAAGAGUUUGAAAAUCAUGGUUGCAAUUUUUUUGUUGUUUUUUUUAACAGUUUUAAGUUUGGACACACUCCUAUGUAAAUAUACUCACAAUGUGGAGAAUAGUAUUGAAGAAAGCAUUUGGGGACUUUUCAUCUCCUAUCCUAUGAGAUUUUGAAACUUGUAUGUGAGCUACAUAGAAAGACUAUUAAAGAGAGAUUGAACUCUUUAUAGCCGAAUACAGCCUUAAAUUUGCUUGUAUAGCAUCCACUGACAAAAGUAAUAGUUGUGCCUCAGACUUACGGGUUGCACGUGGCCCAGGGAAGUUGCUACCCUUGGCAUGCAUGAAUAGUUCCUAUUAGCAUCAGUUGGAACGCAAUACUCCAUAUUAUCCACAAAGGGUACCUUGACACCCACAGUUAUUUUUAAUUUCUGAUAUUAAUGAUCAUGCAUAUACUGCUGAAUUUAACUCAAUAUAUUUCAGGUAAGUGAAAAUGGUGCUUAAAGUAGUCUUUGGAAUGACUUUCAGGUGUUUUCACUAAAACUAUACAUCCAGACCUUUCUAACAGAAAUACAAGUGAGGCUUAUGAUAAUUUGCCUUCAAAAAAUAUUACUUAAUUGCAGCAGUAUUCAAAUGAAUGAAGAACAUUUAACUGACUCUUAGGCCACCUCUAUUACACAUUGUACUCUGGAAGCUCUUGGUGAAUGUUUACAAUUAUGGGAUGUAGUAUUUCUAUUUGUAUUUAAAGUAAAAUGCUAAUCUAAAAUAAUUGUGUGACAACAAAUAGAGAAGACUUACUCUGUUAGUAAUAUGCAGUGUGUACUCUAUUGAAAGGAUCUGUGGUGGUACCACACGGCUGAAUGUCAUUUAUAUAAAAAGAAUAACUGCCACGUUUUGCGGGGAGCAGUAGGGAGAAUGAUACCUAAUCCUGUAAUUAAAAGUGUAAACUAUAGAGUCUACUGUAGUACAUUUCAGCAUCUAGAAGUUUUACUUUUAUAAAGAUGGUGUCUGGAAGAUGUUGCUAAUGUAUUUUCCUUCAACAUGGGGAAUAGACUUUUUAAGUAUAUUAAUAAAUAUUCCUGUAUGAUUAGUUUUUAACAGUUUUUUUAAAUAAACCUUAUGGAUAUGA